CAAAUAAAAAAUUCGCGGAUCGUUAUGUACUUGUUACUGGUUGUGAUUCUGGUAUUGGUGGCCUGAUUGCAAAAGCAUUACACAGAAGGGGUUAUUAUGUGUUUGCCGGUUGUCUCACAGAGGCUGCAUUUAGAGACUUUCUUGCGAAUAAUUCAGCACCAAAUUUCCGACCUUUUUUGCUUGAUGUAACGAAGGAGGAUUCUAUUAAACAGUGCGUUCGUAUGGUAAACCAUGAAACAAAGGAAAAGGGCUUAUUUGCUUUGAUCAAUAAUGCCGGGUGUAAUGAAGGUUUCGCAUUUGAAUUCACCUCAAGCGAACAAAUUGAAAAAACUAUGGAAGUGAAUUUUAUGGGUCCCAUCAAAAUUAUCAAAGCAUUAUUACCUAGCUUACGACAGAACAUCAAAUAUAACCUAAAAAAACUGAAGAAAGAUCAAGAUAUCUCUCCUCGCAUCAUCAACAUGACUUCUGUAUUAGGUAGAACUACAUUUCCUUUCUACGGUGCAUACAGUGCAUCAAAACAUGCCUUGGAAGCCAUGCUUGACACGAUAAGAGUAGAAUUGCUUCCAUGGAAGAUUCACAUAACCAUGAUUGAACCGGGCCCAAUUAAAAGCAGAUUGACAAAUCCUGAUUUAGUCGAAAUUUCCAAGAAAUUUUUUGCAUCUCCUGAAAUUACGGAACAAACGUUGACUCUUUACGGAGAAGAUUACAUUCAGAAAGCAAUUGAAUUUUGGCAAAAGUUGCAUUCUGGACAGGAUAGUCCGCGAGAAAUAGUGAGAACUGUUAUUGAGGCAGUGGAAGCAGGAUUUCCUAAAGAUCGUUAUGUUGUUGGUACAGUCGCUAAAGUGCAUGUUCUAAUGCAUGACUUUCUGCCAAGGUGGGUUACUGACUUGGUCUGGGGUAGUAUGAUUCGAUUGGUUGGAGUCUGGCCAAAAGAGGUAAAGGAAUUAGAAGAUGGCGUUACAGACAACAAAACUCCUACCUCCUCCGCUUCUCCAACAGUGGAGGUUGGCUGA